UGUGGCCUGUUUUUACGAUAUUGGGGAGCUCUUGCUGUGAUAAAUGUAACUUUAAAAAGUUUUUUUUUAUUUAUUUAUUAAUUUCUAAUGUUUCAUUUUAAAACAAAUAUGGCUUAAAAAUACAACUUUUAGAAAUCAUCAACAGAUAAGACUUGUACACAAUAUAUUUUUAUAAACAUAACCACAUGUGUAUUUGACAAAGAUACUGAAAGAUGUUGUGGAAGCGACCAAUAAAUAGUUUUGAUGGAAUUUCUGUUAUCCCUUUUAGUUCCGCUCCACGGGUGAAUCUAUAUCGUGACGUACGAUGUGAGCUUAAUGGCACCUAUAAAGCUUUCAGCAUAUAUAUCUCUUGUAUAAGGAAGCAACUUCAUGCUAGGAAUAACAAACCAAACAUUUCGAAACAUUUACAUUAAUUAACAUUAAACAUUUAAUUAAAUAUUUCGGUAAAGCUAUAUCAGUGAAAAGAAAUGAACCUCAUGUGUGAAGUACAUAAUCAUUUAUUUCAAAUAAGUACUGUAAAGGAUCAUACGUUAUUUCUUGCAGAAGAGAAACCUCAUGUCUGUGGGGUAUGCAACAAAACAUUUAGAAAAAAGUACCGCUUAAACGAACAUAUGCUUCUUCACACAGGAGAAAAACCUCAUGUGUGUGAGUGGUGUAAUUGGGCAUUUAGACUAAAGGAUGAUUUAAAUAGGCAUAUGCUUAUUCAUUCAGGAGAGAAAUCUCUUGUGUGUGAGGUGUGUGAAACGUCAUUUAGACAGAAGGGUGAUUUAAACAAGCAUUUGCUUAUUCACACAGGAGAGAAACCUCACAUUUGUGAGGUAUGUAACAAGUCAUUUAGAUUAAAAGCUGUAUUAAACAAGCAUAUGCUUAUUCACUCGGGAGAGAAACUUCAUGUGUGUCUGGUAUGUAACAAAUCCUUUAGACAAAAGUCUGAUUUAAACAAGCACAUGCUUAUUCACACAGAAGAGAAACCUCAUGUGUGCGAGGUAUGUUAUAAGUUAUUCAGAGUAAAGGGUCAGUUAAAGGUGCAUAUGCUUAUUCACACAAGAGCAAAACCUCAUGUGUGUGAGGUAUGUUACAAGUCAUUCAGACAAAAGGAUCAUUUAAAGGUGCAUAUGCUUAUUCACAUAGAUGAGAAAUCUUAUGCAUGUGAGGUAUGCAACAAAUCAUUCAGACGAAAGUCUAAUUUAUAUAGGCAUGUAGUUAUUCACACAGGGGAGAAACCUUAUAUAUGUGUGGUAUGUAAUAAGUCACUGAGACGAAAGAGCUCUUUGAAUGAGCAUAUGCUUAUUCACACUGGAGAGAAACCUCAUGUGUGUGAAGCAUGUAGCAAAUCAUUCAGAGUUAAGUGUGAUUUAAAGAAACAUGCUUAUUCACUCAGGAGAUAAACCAUAUAUGUGUGAACUCUGUAACAGAUCUUUCAGACAAAAGUAUGAAUUAAAUAAACAUGUACUUAUUCACACAGAGAUGUUAUGAAUUUUGCUUGUAACACAUUACUUAAACAAAAAAGAAUUUCAAGGAGCAUACUACAAAGAACAAAAGCCUCACGUCACGAGGAACAGUUAGUUUAACAAUGACAUUUUUAUUUAUUUGUGAAUGGAUGUGUCAAUAUUAUAAAGAAAUCUCAUUAUAUGAGGUGUGUAACUUGUCAUUUUAUCUUGGUUGUUAGUAAAUCUUUUUUUUUUCACAGGAAAAAA